AUGUUAGUGAUGGUGAGGAAUAGAUCCAGAGCUGUAACAAAACAAUCACCGAUCAUGGCGGAUCACCAAGCUUCGUCUCUUUCACCCCCUACUCCACAGAACCCGACCCAAUCUAUUUCAUCUUUUCUUGGUUCUCCAAGGUUCUUCAAUGGUGGAUUCUUGCCUAAAAAUCUUUCACCGACCUCCAUUCUUGACACCAACAAACAGUUAAUCAAUUUUCCCGGCAACCCAUUUGGAUCCAGUUGUCAUUGGUUUCCUUCCUUUUUGGGUUGGCGGUGGAAUGGGACAUCAUGGGAGAUUUCCUUGUCGUUGGAUUACCAGAAGAUUGUAAUGGAUGCGGAAGACGAUGGUUGUUUCUUAAGUUUUUCUUCCAAGAAACAGUUAUAUCUUCAUCACUGUGAUCAUCCCCUCACCAUCGAUGGUGCGAUAAAGUUAAAUUCUAUAUUUUCUGUUCAUUCCACUGUCAAAUAUGUAACAGAUCUGCAAGUAUUUCGAGGGUUGGUGAGGGAUAAUUCCUCCAUCGAAUCAUUCCACCACCAACCCAAUGGAUAA